AUGGAUAGACACUCACACUUAGAUUCCACACCUGUCUCGCACCAGCUUCCCUUUCCGUUCAACAUAGCAUCGCGAAUCUGGCGCCGAUUAUGGAAUGGGAUCAUAUCUUGUCAGAAUGACUCACCCACAUCUGGCCCUAGAAGACCUCUGACACCCUCUCCGUCCCCUUCCGAUGAAGAAACACCAAGUUCCUCGCCCAGCUGCCGACCAGUUCCCUACGACCAUGUCUCGUCUCUGACGGACGUGGACUACCUUCGCGGUAGCAUCAACCGGGAUGGUCUAUCACAGCGUGGGUACUUGAACAAAUUGCGAGUAGUCAGUACAGAUAUACAUACUCGAAGGUCCAGCGUAGACUCUUAUUAUGACAUGUUCGAUGACAGAGUAGGACGACAGAGUUCGCACCUGCCAUGUCUGCCCGAUUUCUCAAUUAUCGGAUCCCCGAACAACUCUCUGGCUGAUAGCAUAUGGCUGGGUCUCCAACAAUUAGGGAUUUAUACGGUAACUGAGAUCCAGGAACCCAUUCAUGCCACAUCCUGCCCUCCUCCAUCGACUGAAAUUACGGAGUCUUCGGUACAGGGUACUCUGGACGAAUGCCUCCUUUCCGCCAGAGCUCAACCUCUUCCCCGUAACACUCUAUCGCCAGAAAUUAAGCCUUUCAUGCCAUCUUCACUGCCUAGGUCUUCACUUUCUGGGAGUCAGGAGUCCCUGAUAGCCACAUCGUACCCUUCUCCAUCAACUGAAAGCAUGCCGGAGGGGCUUUCAUCACCGCGUAGUCUGCAAGAACAGUCCCCUCCAGCAAGAAAAGGCCACCCUCUUCCCCGGAACUCUUUCUCACGAGCGAUGGGACUUUUCAUGCCAUCAACACCCUCCCUCUGUUCAUCGGACGCUGACACGAGCCAAAAUGCUAGCCCGGAAGAUAACAACAGCGAUAUUGACACGCUUCCAAGCCCACGACCUCGUCUCCCUUCGUUUGGUUGGACCCAACACCGCGGCCAUUGGCUGAAGAAUCGCUGGCUGUCGCAGACAGCCUCUCUACCACUCACUCCAGAUCUACCAGAGUCACAGGUUAUGAUCCCAAACCACCAAGGCCAGUCAGCCAGUGUCUCUGCAUCCGGUGAUUCGGAUGAGACGCAGAUGCAGAGCUCACGUGGUCGGUCUCGUGAAGCGUCUAGCGAUGAGUACAACAGCUCAAUUCAGUCGCCUCGCUUAUCAUUCAUGUCCGAGAAUAUUCGUUGCCGGCAGUCUGGCAGUUUCUUAAGCUUUAUACCUUUUCUUCCGCUGACUUUGGCCACAGGUACGGUUGCGUAA